AUGGCAUCGGCACUUUCAUAUGCGCCUCCAAGUCGCAAGGCCAAUCCUACAAAUAUGUCGAUGCAAGCACUUCGUCCCACCACGCGGGGUACAAUAGGAAGUGGAACAACAAGUUCGAAUGGGAGUUUUCAAAGGAGAACUUCCUUAUCUUCAUUUCCAUCCUCCCGUUCUCCUUCAGUCAUGUCACAACGUCGUCCUUCGCGAAGUCCGAAUCCCCCACCAAUAGACACGGAUCGAACUUCUGAUCCAAGUACCGUCACUUCUAAAACUCCCACCAGCGGUGUAUCGUCCCAACACUCAUCAUUGUCCGCUCCAAAUAAAUAUAAUCCAAGUGCACAUCCUGCCAGAAAACUGAAAUCACAAUAUCCUCGAGGAGAUACAGAGAAUCAUGUCGAAUAUAUACUGGUGGCAUCAUUUGAUAUUGACAAGGGACCGAUUAUGGAACAUCAAUACCCUGUUGCUAUAACGGGCGACGAGCACAUGUUAGCAGAAUUGAUGUUACCAGAUCAAGCCCACGUUCGAAACCAAGAUUGGACAAUAUUCUUCCUACAUAAAGAUACGAGUCAGGACGAAGAAGAGGCAGAGGAGAAGGCAGAAAGAAAAAGGUUACGAAAGGCAAAAAAAGAAGCUAGGGCAGCUCUUUUUGAGAGUGGGAAUGUUGACCCUUUAGAAAGGGUGGAUGGUAGUGAGGAAGAUUCAUCAGAAGAUGAUGAACCAGAAGGAGGCGAAGGUCCGCCUUUAAUAUAUGUUUUGAAUCUUGUCAACACAAAGCAAGACAAGACGGCCAAAAGAGGGGCUGUAGUGAAAGCCAUGGCAAUAUGUACUCGACAUCCAUUUCUGCACAUUUAUAAGCCACUUCUAUUGUUAGCUCUUGAAGAAUAUUUUAAAACACCUCAACCAUCUACGCUGGCGGAGUUAUAUGAGGCUGUAAAUACAAUGGAUUUAUCAUUAAUGCCUAAAUUGAGCAUACUCGAACGUCAUCUUCUACAAGCUAGCGACAACAAAGAUCUAUUUGUAGAGAAGUUCGAACAGAUGAUUCAAAUGCGUAUGGCGGAGGACAAAGGCGAAGCGCUGGACGAUAUGGCAGCCAUGUCCGAAAGUCCAGAAAGGAGACCAGGUUUGGUGCGAAAUGGUACAAAAGCACAUGUCCAACAACUAAUACAUUCAAAUUACUCGGUACCUCGGGACACACACGAAUUUGAGACCAAGGUCAUGUAUAAUGGAAUUCCGAUACCUAUCAAGGUUCCUGUUGCAGUAUCUCCUGAGACAGUCGGGGAUUUUUCUCUUGUAAAACUCAUACAAACAUACAACGAUCCUCAUGUCAAAUCCCCCAUUCCGUUCGCGCUACAUCCUCAUCUUACAACGGGAGGUGUACAUACUCAUCCUAUCAUUGUGCUAGUCAAUGCAAUGUUAACUCAAAAACGUGUCAUCUUCCUCGGCCACAAUCGUCCAUCAGGUGAAGUUGCUGAAGCUGUACUUGCAGCUUGCGCUUUAGCGUCCGGGGGAAUCUUGCGUGGAUUUACACGCCAUGCUUUUCCAUAUACCGAUCUUAGUAAAAUCGACGACCUUUUAAAGGUACCAGGAUUCAUUGCAGGUGUAACAAAUCCAACUUUCGAGAAUCAUCCAGAAUGGUGGGACGUAUUAUGUGAUAUACCAUCUGGUCGAAUGAAAAUCAGUAGUCGAAUCGAACAAGCACCACUGACAGAAGGACUUGCAAAUUUCCAGCAACAAAAUCCGGCUUAUGCUAGUGCUACAAAUGUUGCAACGUCCACUAGCCAGGCCGCCAGUGAUCCAACAGGCGAUGCUGCAUUCAUGAAUGAUGUGAUCCGCAGUAUUGCAGCUAGACAUGGUGAGGGUGUUAUUCGAGCCAAAUGGCGAGAUUGGGUUGUCAAAUUUACCAGAAUCUCGGCCCAAUUUGAAGAGAGUGUUUACGGCGCAAGCGCUUUGUAUAUUGGGGUAGAAAAGGCAGAGCCCGGUAAUGAAAACGUCAGCGGCCACGGAUACGUUUGGCCUGAUGAUCAUGCGAAAUUCCGUGAGCUCGCUAGUAACGUAAAUCGAAUUGAGGGCUGGAGAUCCACUCGAAGUUACUACAGCUUCAAGCAGGACCUCGUACAACUGUACAACUUUCGACCUCUCAAAGCCCUCGACCUCCAUCAUUUACACGAUCGUCUGCGAAUGACAAAGCUUACUCCUAGUGCAAGCCGUGAUAUAUACGUCGCCAUGGAGAAAUACACACAUUCAUAUGAUGAAAUAUGUCAGCUUCUAGCCGUAGCACCCGAAUCACAUGCAGGACUCUUCUAUAUUGCCCUUGGUCUUUUUCACAAAGAUCGAGAUGUUCGGAUGAGAGUUGUUGAUUUGUUGGAAAGGGUCAGCGAUCAUGAAGCUGGGCGACAUUGGUGGAAAGCCCUGAGUCGAUUCGAGAAAUUAGCUUUUAUUCGCAUUAGGAGAGAAGCAGAAGCUGAGAUGAGGGCCAAGUUGGGGGGUGUUGAGAGAGACAUCUCGGCUGACGGUGACGCAAUGGUUUUGGGAAGACGAGUCAGUUGA